CUCUCUCUCUCUCUCUCUCUCUCUCUCUGCUCUCACUCUCUCUACGCCAAGGUAGCGUAACUUGCAAGCGGCGAAGCCAAGGGAGAGCAGCCAAACGAGGGAUUAAAAGGGCAAAAUCAAAUUCUCAGAAUCCGAAUUCUAGAUGGAACCAGACUCCGUGGCUAAGGCAUUUGUUGAGCACUACUAUACCACUUUCGAUGCGAACCGGGCCGGAUUAGCUAACCUCUAUCAGGAGGGAUCCAUGCUCACCUUCGAGGGUCAGAAGAUCCAGGGCUCCCAAAAUAUCGUCUCCAAGCUCAUUAGCCUUCCUUUCCAGCAGUGCCAGCACAGCAUCACCACCGUCGACUGCCAGCCAUCAGGCCCUGCCGGUGGUAUGCUUGUCUUUGUUUCUGGUAACCUUCAGCUCACUGGUGAACAACAUGCCCUCAAGUUUAGUCAGAUGUUCCAUUUGAUUCCAACACCACAAGGGAGCUUUUAUGUGUUGAAUGACAUUUUCCGGUUGAACUAUGCAUGAAGAGAAGAUCAACCACUCAAAAGUCUUUGUGGUUCGAAUGUCCCUUUGCUCAACCCAGUCUGGUUUUAGACAGUUUAUUGUGAUUUUUGGUUGGUUAUGUUCAAUGUUGCAUUGUGCCACCUUGUUGUCUUGAAAAUUCAGAGAUGUUUCAUUUGGUUGGAUUGGUAAAAGAUGCUCCUGGACUAUUUAGUUUAAAAAUCGAGUGUUCAAAGUUUCACAACUUUAUUAUUGAUUAAAGUUUCAAAAGUUUAUUGUAUUUGUCAUUUCAGGAA